UGGGGCCGCCCGCUCCGCAGGCGCCAGCGGACCUUCGAGCAGCGCGGAGCGCCUGUCGCGUCCCGUGUGUCCUGCCCAGCCGUGCCAGAGGAGGGUCCAGAGCGGAUUCCUUGUGUCCUGCCCAGCUGUGCCAGGUAAAAGGACACAGAAGAGAAGAUGGACUGGGGCACUCUGCAGAGUGUUUUGGGAGGUGUAAAUAAGCACUCCACCAGUAUCGGGAAGAUAUGGCUCACAGUCCUCUUCAUCUUCCGUAUCAUGAUCCUGGUUGUGGCUGCAGAGAGAGUCUGGGGAGAUGAACAACAAGAUUUUGUCUGCAACACGCUUCAGCCUGGCUGCAGGAAUGUUUGCUAUGAUCACUUUUUCCCCAUCUCUCACAUCAGACUCUGGGCCCUGCAGCUGAUCUUUGUCUCCACACCUGCGCUGCUGGUGGCCAUGCACGUGGCUUACACCAGGCACGAGAAGAAAAGGCGGUUCAGAAAUGGUGAGAAAAUUGAUAUUGAAGAGCUGAAAAAUCAAAGGAUUCACAUUCGGGGCCCCUUGUGGUGGACAUACACCAGCAGCAUCUUCUUCAGGAUCAUCUUUGAGGCCGUCUUCAUGUACGUGUUCUAUUACAUGUACGAUGGCUACCAGAUGCCCCGCCUGGUGAAGUGUGACGCUUGGCCCUGCCCCAACACUGUGGAUUGUUUCGUGUCUCGGCCCACUGAGAAAACCACAUUUACUAUUUUCAUGCUUGCUGUAUCUGGGAUCUGCAUGAUGUUGAAUCUGGCUGAGUUGUGCUACCUAGUGAUAAAAAUUUGCAUGAAAGAAUCCGGGAAACCAGCAGUUUUGAAAUAAGUCC